CAGCCCAAAAAAGGGAAAAAGAAAAAGACCUGGAUCAUCGUCAAAAUGUCCACGGGGUGGGCGGGUAGCUUCUUCUCCCCGGCCCGAAAUAAGCAUAGGUUAUAAGUAAUCGGAUCUUUUUUAGCUCUCGGCCAUCGAUCCCCACAACCCCUUGAGGGAGAAUUCCUCGCGGCCGGAUCAGAGAAGGGGAGGAAUGGGGAACGUAGGGAGCACCGGAGGCGGCGGCGCCGGCGGAAACAGCCGCCGGAGGAAUUCGCACCACCAGCAGCCUCCUCUCGGGCCACCGGCGCUACAAGAGUCGGAGGUCGUGGCGAUCCGCCAUGUUUUCGCUUCCGCGACCCCGGACCCGCCACAGUACUCCAAUCCCAAUCCGCCGGAACACUACCAGUACGGGUACUACCCCCCUCCGCCGCCGGCGAUGCCCGUCCCCAUCCCCGCCCUCUUCGACCGCCACCACCCGGGCUGGGUCGGCGGGGCGAGGAAUCCUUGUUCCCCGCGGCCCACGGUGACGGCUCCCCGCGUUGAGCACCAGCAGGCCGUCACCAUCCGGAAUGACGUCAAUCUCAAGAAGGAGACUUUGAGGGUCGAACCUGACGAGCAGAACCCUGGUCGGUUUCUUGUCGCUUUCACGUUCGAUGCCACUGUCUCUGGAAGCAUUACAGUUUAUUUCUUUUCAAAAGAAGGUUUGGACUGUAACCUGACAUCAACAAAGGAGAACUUGCUCAAACCAGUCACAGCAUCGUUCCAGGAAGGUCUGGGACAGAAAUUCAGACAACCAUCUGGAACUGGAAUUGACUUCUCAAUGUUUGAGGAAUCGGAGUUGAUAAAAGAGGGAGAAAUGGAAGUGUAUCCUCUAGCAGUAAAAGCAGAGGCAUCUCCAUCAAACAAUCACGGGCCAGUAGGAGAAAAUCAGAACAUAGAAACUCCAAACUCACAGAUUACACAGGCUGUGUUUGAGAAGAAAGAGAAUGGUGAGUAUCAAGUGCGCGUGGUGAAGCAGAUCUUGUGGGUAAAUGCAACUAGAUAUGAACUGCAGGAGAUUUAUGGAAUAGGGAACUCAGUUGAGGGUGACUUUGAUGGGAACGAUCCUGGUAAAGAAUGUGUGAUUUGCCUGUCAGAACCACGAGACACGACUGUCCUUCCCUGCAGACAUAUGUGCAUGUGCAGCAAAUGUGCGGGGGUUCUAAGGUUCCAAACAAACCGCUGCCCGAUAUGCAGGCAGCCAGUGGAGCGACUGUUGGAGAUUAAGGUAAACGAUAGAGCUGAGGAGCAGCACGAGUCACAGUGAUGAUCUGCUUGAUUUGCACGUCAAUGCCUUAUCCUUUCAAUAGCGACGUCCAAUAAGCAGGAGGUGGUGACAUCUGAAAUGCAUUUUCGUGAUGAUGCAAGGACUGACCGAAAUGGUUCGCUGCUCUGGGACAUGUUGCAAGCUGUGGUUGUUGUACAUUCUGCACAUCUGUUAGCUUCGGGGAACUGUUGUGAAGAAGACAUUGAACAAAAUACAUGCUUCUCUGUAAUGUUAGUUCUCGAGUUUUGUGGGUGUCAU